GAGGGGAGAGGCGGCCGCACAGCCUGCUUCCCCGCGCCCUGCUCGCCGCCGCCGCCGCUGCCCUCGCCCAGCCGAGCGCACCCGCCCGGGUACACGCACCCCGCCGCCCGGCGCCACCCCGCGCACUCCUCCCGCCGCUCCGCCGGGCAGAUGCGCCGCCGCGCGCCCCGCGCCCCGGGCCCGCCACAGAGCUCCGUCGCGCACCGGGGGCUCCUCUCUCAGGCCCCCCUGGGUGCCCUCCGGCUGGGGCUCCCGCCCGCUCCUUGGAAUAACCCCUGAGGCUCCAGCCGUCGCCGCAAAGUUUCCCGAGGAGACCCGCCUCCCCGGCCGCUGCUCAGGUGAAGAAGCGGGGAGUAGGAGAGAAAGGCCCCAUUCUGGACAGCUGCACCCAGUGGCUGAAGCAGGAAUCACCCACCCUUCUGCCUCACGCACUCCAGAAGCUUCUCUACAAGCAGGAGCAGCCAAGCAGACCAGCCCCCUCUCAAAGUGGCUUCCCAAAGCGGGGCACACAGGCCUGACAGCUCAGCAGUGCGAGGUGAGGUGACUGCAGCCUGUGGUGAAUCUGAACUCCUCAGAGGGGUAAUAGACCCCCCCACACAGAUGCAGCCUGAGUGGCUCUCUCUCAGCUCUGUCACGCAAGAGCGCUCUCUGCACUGAGCCAUUCUGCCAAGUGACUUAAAGGGAUUUAAAAAGAAAGGAAAAAAAAAGAACCUUGGUAAAGAAAAAAGGGGUAACAGCCCCACAGAGGCAUUUCAGGAGAGGUGUGGCCUGAGGACAGAGCACCAAAGUUACAAAGAGCUGCGGUGGAAGUGGUGGCCCGUGAGAGGCCACACUCCCCGGGGACCGGCACUGGGCUGUGGGGCAUGCCCUGCUCAGGAGUCCCCGGGGGUGCACACAGAACACAUACCUCUCACUCCAGAGAGCCAAGCCUGCAGGGCCUGUGCCUGGGGUGCCAAAGAUGCCACUUGGGGCCUGCAGCCACAACUGAAGCCUAACCACAAGCAAGACUUCAAGACCUUCUUAUUCUUUGCGUGCCUCAUUGUUCCUGCUGCCCUGGAGGUGCCGUCUGUGGUUGAGUGGUUCUGGGUUUGUUGGUGACAUGGGACAAGGCAUGUGAGCGUGGCCCGAACUGUGAAGCAGUGACCCCAUCGGGACCCAGUGGCUCCAGGGAACAGCAGCAGAGGAGGUAUUGAGGCUCCAGGUUAGGUGGGUCAGACCUCCACCAGCUGUCCACCAUGGUGGUGGCACACCCUACUGCCACCACUACCACCACACCUGCUGCCACCAUCACAGCCACUGUUGUGAUGACCACGGCCACCAUGGACCUGCGGGACUGGCUGUUUCUCUGCUAUGGGCUCAUUGCCUUCCUCACGGAGGUCAUCGAUAGCACCACCUGCCCAUCGGUGUGCCGCUGUGACAAUGGCUUCAUCUACUGCAACGACCGGGGACUCAAGUCCAUCCCCUCAGACAUCCCUGAUGAUGCCACCACCCUCUACCUACAGAACAACCAGAUCAACAAUGCAGGCAUCCCUCAGGACCUCAAGACCAAGGUCAAAGUGCAGGUCAUCUACCUGUAUGAGAACGACCUGGAUGAAUUCCCCAUCAACCUGCCCCGCUCCCUUCGAGAGCUACAUCUACAGGACAACAAUGUGCGCACCAUCGCCAGGGACUCAUUGGCUCGCAUCCCGCUGCUGGAGAAGCUGCACCUGGAUGACAACUCCGUUUCCACCGUGAGCAUUGAGGAGGACGCUUUCGCCGACAGCAAGCAGCUCAAGCUACUUUUCCUGAGCCGGAACCACCUAAGCAGCAUCCCAUCGGGGCUGCCACACACGCUGGAAGAGCUGCGGCUGGAUGACAACCGCAUCUCCACCAUCCCACUGCAUGCGUUCAAGGGUCUCAACAGCCUGCGGCGCCUAGUUCUGGAUGGCAACCUGCUGGCCAACCAGCGCAUUGCUGAUGACACCUUCAGCCGCCUGCAGAACCUCACAGAGCUGUCACUGGUGCGCAACUCGCUGGCUGCCCCGCCCCUCAACCUGCCUAGUGCCCACCUGCAGAAGCUCUACUUGCAGGACAAUGCCAUCAGCCACAUCCCCUACAAUACGCUGGCCAAGAUGAGGGAGCUGGAGAGGUUGGACUUGUCCAAUAACAAUCUCACCACACUGCCUCGAGGCCUGUUUGAUGACCUGGGGAACCUGGCACAGCUGCUUCUCAGGAACAACCCCUGGUUCUGUGGCUGUAACCUCAUGUGGCUUCGGGACUGGGUGAAGGCACGCGCUGCAGUGGUCAAUGUGCGGGGCCUCAUGUGCCAGGGCCCUGAGAAGGUCCGAGGCAUGGCCAUCAAAGACAUCACCAGCGAGAUGGACGAGUGCUUUGAGACGGGGUCACAGGGCAAUGCAGCCAAUGCAGCUGCCAAGACCACAGCCAGCAACCAAGCCGCUGUCACCACGCCCCAAGGUUCUCUGUUUACUCUCAAGGCCAAGAGGCCAGGACUGCGCCUCCCUGACUCCAACAUUGACUACCCCAUGGGCACCGGUGAUGGUGCCAAGACAUUGGUCAUCCAGGUGAAGCCACUGACAGCAGACUCCAUCCGAAUCACAUGGAAGGCCAUGCUACCUGCCUCCUCUUUCCGGCUCAGUUGGCUGCGUCUGGGCCAUAGCCCAGCUGUGGGUUCUAUCACAGAGACCCUGGUGCAGGGGGACAAGACAGAAUACUUGCUGACGGCCCUGGAGCCCAAAUCCACCUACAUCAUCUGCAUGGUCACCAUGGAAACUGGCAACACCUAUGUGGCUGAUGAGACACCUGUGUGUGCCAAGGCAGAGACGGCUGAUAGCUACGGCCCUACCACCACACUCAAUCAGGAACAGAAUGCUGGCCCUAUGGCAGGGCUGCCCCUGGCUGGCAUCAUUGGUGGUGCCGUAGCUCUCGUCUUUCUCUUCCUGGUCCUUGGGGCCAUCUGCUGGUAUGUGCACCGGGCUGGUGAGCUGCUGACCCGAGAGAGGGUCUACAACAGGGGAAACAGGAAAAAGGAUGACUACAUGGAGUCAGGGACCAAGAAAGAUAACUCCAUUUUGGAAAUCCGAGGCCCAGGACUGCAGAUGCUACCCAUCAACCCGUACCGCUCCAAAGAGGAGUACGUGGUGCACACCAUCUUCCCCUCCAAUGGCAGCAGCCUCUGCAAGGGUGCCCACACUAUUGGCUACGGCACCACACGGGGCUACCGGGAUGGCGGCAUCCCUGAUGUGGACUACUCCUACACAUGAAGCCGGCCACCCCCAGUGUGCUCACGUGGCUCUGUCUAGCCCGCUGCAAUACCAGGAGCCAGGAAGAGAAACUCCACAGUGACUUUCCCAGCAGAAAGCAAAGUUUGGGGAGGGUUGGUGAACAAAAUAGUGGGAUUAAAAAAAAAUUAAACACAUAGAAAGCAGGAGGGAAAUUCAGAUUGCUGGAGACAUAAUUCGUGAUUUAUACCAGAUCAUGAGCGUGAAGGGUUGGAUUGGGACUUUUUCCCCCCUGAACCAGAUUGAUACUACCUGUACAACAUUCGUGUACACCUCAAGCUCCAUUCAGGGCCAUCAGAGAGCAUCAUGUGACAGAUGGACAGGAUGGCAUGGAGCCCCCACGCACCCCCUGCCGGCUGCUCACACUGACAGCUCAAUGAAAGGUUUUGGGGUUUUUCACAAGAGUCCGGGGAAGAAGACUUUGCUAUGGAGCUACUGUCCUGACGUCUCUUCCCUGGCUCUUUCCGUGCUCUUUGCUUUCCAGAUCUGCAGAAAUAUGGCGUCCUCCAUGGUAUUCUCCGAACAAUACCAUAGUCAAUUAAAAGAAAAGAAAAAAACAGUCAAACUUUUCCUUCCAAUGCCGAGCGCUUUGGUUCCAUUCACCGAACUCCGUAGAAGCUCUGAGGAAAGCCAUGGCUUUCCCUGCCGCAUGGAGGUGCGUCUGUCUGCCCGCCUGUUGCCAUGUCACGUGUCUCAGUACAGAAGGGUAGAUAGAGCUGCGUGUCUGUCCUCUCAGCACCUUUGGGUCAGUCCUUGACAUUUCUUCAGAUGAUAGAAUUGCAAAAAGUUUGCUUUCUCCUAGAAAUCAUUCAGUAAGUAAACCAUGUGUGGGAUGAGAGUGAGGUGGAGGGUAGGGGCCUCAGCCCGGGUGGAGGGAUUGCUGUUUCUUAGAGGCUCUGGUAUCAGCAUCCCAGUGGAGUUAGGAAGAAUUGGCUGAGGAUGCUUUGGAGUCCAUCCUGUGUCACCCUUCCUGCUCCCUCCUGCUGUGGAGAAAAGCUUUCCUAGAUGGCCAGUGCCCCCAUCUAUCCUUCCCCAUAGAUCCUGUCCCCACGAUAGUGUUUACUCUUUCUCCUGGGACAGGUAAUUAGUGCAGGGACUAUUUAUAAAUAUAUGUGUCACACACACACAUCAGCUGGCUAGACCUAUUGGUUUCCAUGACUGCUCAAACAAAGCCCAGAAAAAAGAAAAAAAAUUUCAGAAAAUCCCUGGGAGACACACACCCACAUACACACACACACACACACACACACACACACACAAUCUCAGCCAUGCCCACACCAGGGGCUCUGUUCUCAAGAGGGAAAAAAAAUCAGAUUUCUUUGUAAAAUGCAUCAACCUCUAGAAGGGUACUGACCGGGGCCCUGGGAAGAGCUCAGAUUUUAUUCCCCCCCCUGUGGAAUCAAUGCCGUUAUCAUUUAUCAACGGACACCACAGUGUGGUGAGCCAUGAGAUUAAAACGAUGAUAAAAUAAUGACAGCAAAUCCAGAAAGGAGGAAAGAGCGGGGCCUGCGGUUCUGAUGUCUGCUUCGUCCUAUACUCGGGGAGCCCGGGUCAUCAUCUGUCAAUGUGUUGCUUUGCCCUGCACUGGAGAAAAAAGUCAUCAAAGGAAGACACUGGUCCGAGGGCAGCGGAUGAGAAGGGGUCCAGCUCCUGAUAGUGGUGUUUUCAAAAGACAUCUGCCAAAGACCUCUGCCACUCUGUUCAAAGCAAAGGCAGGAAGAAGCGGCCAGGCAGCUGCCCGAAGUGUACCUGGGGGGCCAUCCUCUGCUGGACAUUAAAGAGCCAACUGGUCCUUCAGUGAAGAGAUGAGAUUGAAAGAAAUGGACCCAGCAGGUGCUCCAGAGUAGUGGAAAGGGGUACAGGCUCCUAAUCAGAACCCAAGGGGUCAUCAUACGAAAUGGAGACCCCAGCCCACCAGCCCCAGGGAGUGGCCGAGGGGUGUGGACAUGGAUCAUUCCAAAGGAGACCUCUCUUCCCUCUUCAUCCCAAGUCAUUUUCCCGCAUAAUGAGGUCAAGGGAGCCUCAGAUUCAGGUCUGUAUAAAUGUGCGUCCUGGAGCUCAGCUGUCCCCAGUGACCCUAAUAACACCCUAGUUCUGGCAGCUUUGGCAGGCAUGGAGGAGACCCAUCUGUGAGGAACAGCUAUGUGAAGGAGAGUCCAGAUGCUGAGCAGGCAUCAAGGGCACUGUGCCAGCCUUCUUCAGGGCCCCAGGAAAGUAAAACCCCAGAUCCCCACACCUACCUUGCAGCUGUAAUCUGCCCUGUCCUCUCGACUCGUCCAUGUUCCCUUUAUUAUCUAUUCCCUGCCCCAGAAGGAUCUGAUUACUUUCUCUGGUGGCCAGGAAAACUCUUAGGAAUGGCAGGUGACCUAGACCCUGGGAACUGCCUGGAAGGCCCUACCUGGAGAUUCAGGAACUUGUGGGCCAAAUGCUAGAGGCUUGGGCUGUGGUAAAUUUCUUCCCCCACUGCACUAAACCUGACCGACGGGCCUUGGCAGGCACAGGCACAAUGUCAAAGCUUGGGUGGAGCUCAGUGGAUUUUACACGCAGCUGGAGAGUCCACGCAUUGCCCCCUAAGGAGCACUAAAUGCUGGUCAGGGUGCGCACUGCCCAGCCAUGGCCCUGCAGCCCCUGACAGCCUUCCCUAUGUCAUUUCUGCCCUUUUGUGUUUAACAUUUUCCCGGUACCCUUUACUCUGUGUGUGUUGGGGAUGGGGGAGCCCUAGCGAUUGUGUCCUGCACCUAGUCAUGCAAAGCAAGCACUCCACCACUGAGCUAGAUCCCCAGAACCCCACUGCCCAGCAUCCCAAGUGUAACCUUUGUCCUAGUUUCCCAAAGCAGACAGAGAACCUGGCUUCUGGCCUCAUGUUACAGUAGAAGUUGAGGGAAGCCAGCCUAUGAGAUCCUGACAUUUCCACAGGGAGGUGUGUGGAGGGCCAGCCUCCCCCUCAGUCUCUAACCAGCCGGAACCACCUCAGUGGCCUCAGCCCUGAGGAGUGUAUUCUGUGGCAUUUAAGGCAAGUUUAAAUUAAAAAAAAAAAAAAAGACAGCGACACUUCUUUGGUUAAG